AGAGUCUCAAAUGCCCUUGAUGUCAAAGCAGAACGUCAUCUACAUACUCUGGGCAGUAUCGUCAUCAUUCCACAGGACGAUCAAAUAUACAACGCGCAAAACACUGAAAAAAAAAAAAAAAGCCUAAAAAAGCGUCGAAAUAGAAAACUGCUACUGUUGCUAAGUGCUCAAUUUAUAUCUCCCAUUCCUCUCCUCCUUUUUGACCGAUCACUCUUUGCCACUGUCUCUGCUUUGCUCUCUUUCCCAGAUAUACAAGUAGCCAUGGAGAAAGGAGCACCCUUGAGAUCAAAGGGAAAGGAAGAUAAGUUGAAAGGGAAGGAUGACAGCUCAACAAAGCCAAAGAAUGCAAGGAAAGUUCAGUUCAAUUUUGAAGGUUCACCUGAAUAUAAAACUAGUUCUUUACCGAAAUCUUUUGGGAAGGAUGACACUCCGUUUCCAAAAGGCUAUUCAGGCAAAGGAGGGGGAAAAGGAGAUAAAAUUGCUAAUGGUGGAAAGAGCACAGUCUUUAAAGAACCACAACCGCUGGAGCUUAAAGUUGAGCAGGAUCUACCAGAGAAUGUCAAAUGCAUGAUGGAUUGUGAGGCUUUAGAUAUUUUACAAGGAAUCCAGGAUCAGCUGCCCAUAUUAUCAAAAGAUCCAGAAUUUAGACUCCCUGUACCAUUUGACAAGGGACUGCAGUAUGCCAAAAGGGGUGUCCAUUAUGCAAAUCCCCAGGCUGUUAGACAAGUUCUUGAGGGUCUCACAAAAUAUGGUGUCUCCAAUAGUGAGAUAUGCGUGAUUGCCAAUGUUUGUCCAGAGUCUGAUGAGGAAGUUUUUUCUCUGGUCCCAUCCUUGAAGGCUAAGAGAAGCAAGCUUAGGGAGCCCCUCAAAGGUAUAUUAAGUGAGCUAGCAAAGCUUAAAGAGUCUGCUAACUUAGAAAGUCAACACAAGCAGGAAAGUCUACACAAGUGGGGAGAUCAACACAAGGGGGAAGAUCAACACAUGAAGGAAAGUCAACACGAGGGGGAAGAUCAACACACGGAGGAAAGUCAACACAUGGAGGAAGAUCAACACAAGGGGGAAGAUCAACACUUGGAGGAAAGUCAACACAAGGGGGAAGAUCAAAACAUGGAGGAAAGUCAACACAAGGGGAAAGAUCAACACAUGGAGGAGGGUCAAAACAAGGGGGAAAAUCAACACUUGGAGGAAAGUCAACACAAGGGGGAAGAUGAACACAUGGAGGGUCAAAACAAAGGGGAAGAUCAACACUUGGAGGAAAUUCAACACAAGGGGGAAGAUCUACACAUGAAGGAAAGUCAACACAAGGAGGAAAGUGCACAUCAGGGUUCCUACCUGACAUCUAGUAAAGCUUAAGUAAUGCUGUGAGCCUGGGAGUUGUGGAUGGCUAAGGUGAUUGAGUUAGCUUUGCAGAGCUUAGAAGACCAGCAAAGUACCUGCUAUCCCUUCUGUAACAUGCACUCUUAGUCUUGGUACAUGUACAACUUUUUCCCCCCAUUUUAACUUAGAGAUGAAAUGGGAAUCCUUUCUUAUGUAAGUAUUAUACUCUAGAGACAAGCUUAUCCAUGUGAUUUGUUCCUCAAAACUGUUCAUUGAAAGGUUUGUCAUAAAUGUGGUAGCUUUGUGGUAUGUUUUUUCUGA